UAGAAUUUUCCAAAGAAUCCGCUCUUAAAAUGGGAUGCGAGCUUUCUGGGACACCCUGUAUAAUGUUGUGCAUAUAAUAAUUUUAAUUUUUUUACAGCGCUUCAAGGAAGCUGUCAGAAGAGCCGUGAACAAGGAGAAAAAAAAACUAAAAUAUGGUCGUGGAAUGUCGGCAUAUAUAAAGCCUUGCAAUGCACCCAUUUACCCAGUGAUGCAAGGGUACGCGGCAGUACCGGGAUACGUGGCAGCAUCGGGAUACGCGACAGCACCAGGAUACGCAACAGCACCAGGGUACGUGGCAGUACCGGGAUACGCGGCAGCACCGGGAUACGCGGCAGCACCGGGGUAUGCAACAGGACACGCACCGGGACACAUGCCGGCAACGCCAGAGUUUAUCACAGCGUCGGGAUGCGCCGCUGCGCCCAAUGCAGGGUGUAACUGUUUUUUUGUUACAGCACCUCAUGGACAUUGGCGAUAAAUGCGACGAGUUAUACAUUCUAACACACGCACGCACGCACACACACACACACACACACACACACACACACACACACA